AUGGCCGAUCCGCGAUCUUCCACUUUGGGCCCUGUGCCGCCUGAUCCAAAGUUCCUCGUCAUCCAGCAGGCGAUCGAAAAGGAUCCCACGGAUUCUGAGGCCACCCUGCAGGUCGCCCUUGAGACGUUGAAGCCCGAAGAGCAGGAGGCGUUCCUCAAGUGGCUCAGCGAUUGGACUCUGUGGAACACGCACAGGGCAGUCCAGAGGGUCGAGCCCCUGAGCAACGACCAGGUCCAAACAGUAUUAGUCGCUGUGGAUUGGGCUAGUCCCUCUUCGAUCGCCGACUUUGAACGUAAAGUCUACGGCCCAGGGGAUCGCACCGGCAUCUCCAGCCCCAAGUACCUCGGUCAGGAUAACUCUUACCGCUAUUAUCUCGAGCUUGACCUGCCGCUGCAGGAUGUGCGCAACGACCUGCGUGGUGGCGCAGUUGAGCACGACAGUGUGGUUGAGAUGCGCAGUAUCAGUGGCUCCAAGCCCCCUUUCCAGUAUGGAUUCCGCCUUGGGGUCUUGUCAUACGUCUUCCACAGUCGCUCCAUGGAAUCCGUCGACUUGGAGUCGCUCGAGAAGGCGCCAUUCUUCGUCUACCUAGAUGUCGUCAAGAAAGGCGUCUGGCUUGUCAUGACAACCUCGACGGAAGACGAGCUGGGUGUGCAGAUUCCUCUAGAUGAGAGGUGCAAUCCUUGGGAUCACCUCCCGUCGCCGCAGAACGGCCGCGUGCUGUUCAAGGCCAUGCCUAUCUUUCGGAGUAUUGACGAGAUCUGGCGCGUAAGCGAGGACCACGCUCUGUUCAGUCCUUUCGCCUUGAGCUCCACAUUCCCCGCCUGGCUCACCCCGUGGCUUGCUGAGGAAGGAUCUGUAAAUACCGCCAUCGCCAAUGCGGGACGCGGUGCGCCGGCUGCCGCCUAA